AUGAUCUUUGUGGGUUUUGGGGUGGUCGCUGCUAUUCAAUCCUUUCAAAAGCGGCGUAAUAAAGCGCAUAAUCGACAGAUGCAACAAAUACCACGAUCUGAUUCUCAUUUAUAUUUUAUAUCACAAAAAAGAGUCUUUCAUUGUUUUUUAUACGCGACUCAAACAUCCGUUCUCAAUUAUUUAAAAGUACGAAAACGCCGCAUGUCGACAACGUCAGCUGUAUGCUUGAAGAAGGCACGAGCCGACUUUUAA